CAAUGCACCAUUACACAUCAUGCUGGAUUUAUCUCUGGAUUGGAUUAUUAAACACAGGCAGUGUAUUUAAAACCACCUCGACUUCGUGAUAUAAUCAAACGAAGUAGCAAGACUUACUGUCAGCUCAGGACCUAUUCUUUAUUAUCAGGACUUUAUUUAUUAAAUAUGAUUCCAGUGCAGCUGAUCUCUGCUUUGAUAGUUGCGUGUGGUUACAGCGCGCUCGCGCACUCAAUGCAAGCAAACUUCAGUCUGGAUAAUGACAUUCAGUCCAGCUUCCUCCAGCGACGGCUGAAGAGCCAGGAGCGCAGGGAGAUGCAGCGGGAGAUCCUCUCCAUCCUCGGGCUGCCGCACCGGCCCCGUCCGCUCCUGCAGGAGAGGCACACCGCGGCUCCCAUGUUCAUGCUAGAUCUGUAUAAUAACGCCAUCCUGGAGGACACUUACAAACCGGCGUACACCACCCCGGGACCCCCGAUGGUGACCCAACAGGACAGUCGCUUUCUCAGUGAUGCCGACAUGGUGAUGAGCUUUGUCAAUCUGGUGGAUCUAAAAGAAGACCCGGUUGUCUCGUAUCAUCAGCACCACCAGGAGUUUCGUUUUGUUGCGACUGUCCCGCAUACGCCGGGACGAGGAAGGAUGGAGAAGAAAACAGGACACCUGCGGACAGCUCCGAUUACAAAACGUACAGAUCUUGUAAAAAAUUCAACGUUGAUUUAG